AUGAUGAUUAAGGUACAGCACGUGCUGGGAUGUGAUGACGGUAUUCCGCUGGCUGACUUGAAGAAAGUGCAUGACCUCCUUUCCGAUUUGGCUAAAACUGUCAAUGCUGCAUACAGUGUACAAAAUCUUGUAGAAGUAACAAGUUCUUUUGUGAACAUUGUAAUCAAUGUUUACUUGGUAGUGGCACAUUUUCUACGUGUGGGAGUAAUCUGGUCUGGUGAAUCAUCAGGUGCGAUCCUAGUGCGGUAUUUACCGUGGGCGCUGAUGUCGGUGUGGCGGCUGGUCGGCAUCGUGUACAGCAGCGAAGUGGUGGUCCAGGAGGCUAACCACACGGAACAGCUGGUCGGUAAGCUGUCGCUGCUGUUACCACUGGUUGGCCGCGUCCACUACACAGCUCUGGAGAAGUUCGCCCAACAGCUGAGAUGCAGUCGACUCAGAUACCAUGCUGCAGGAUUCUUCCUCAUGGACAGGUCACUGCUGACAGGUUGUGUAUCAGCCAUCACGACCUACAUCGUUAUCCUCGUGCAGUUUGCUGACGUCAAUCCUAGUAGCAAGUAA